GGGAAAUACAUGCUGGAGGAGAUGAGUUAUUAUUAUUUACUACUUUUCUUUUUCUGCAUACCAUAAACCAUGUGAGCAUCUCUACUACUAGUUUGGAUGGGGGACCUUCUAACUAUAUAAAUCAGACAACAAAUUCACCAACUUUUGCCACGCGCUCUCUACUGACUUGUUACUAAUAUUUCCUCAGGUUCUUCCUUUCUUUUAGCUUCUUGCAUUUUGAAGAAGAUUACAUAUACAUUGAUUUGUAGCUUUAAGAUAAAUACAACACAAACAUCCCCACUAAGAUUGCCGUGUAAAAUAUAGAAGCCACGGCAUCUGUGGCUCAUUUUCCUCUUUUUUACAUUAAUCAAUCACUUUAUACAUUUUUGGGUCUACUUUCAAUCUUUUUUUAUAAACUAUUCUUACCUGUUGUGUUCUAUCUCAAUCUCAUCAUCAUAGUAUAAAUCCUAAAUAUGCUUUGCAGCUAUAAUCUCAUAUCAUCAUUCUCCGAGGUGAUUAAUUAUCUGUAAUAAAGAGGGUUUCUUUCUUUGUUUAAGUUCUAGCCUUUUGGCCUAUAAUAUUCAAAGAAGACAGAGACAAGUCACAAAAGAUAGCUCCUUGUACGAUUUUUCUUUGCCUUGCUUUCUCGGGUGCUUCUUCUUCUUCUUGUUGUUGUUCUUUUCUGAUAUGCAAUUUCUAUCAAGUAAAUCAGAGUUUCAUACAAUUGCAUGUUUAGUUACUGUCUUCUACAAAGCAUUGCUUGUCUAAAGGUGGCAGAUUUUGCAAAGUGAUUUCAAUUGGGAAAUGAGACAGAUAUGAAGAUGAAGUUGGUACAGAUGUAAAGAUGAAGUCUUUGAGUAGUGUAGGACUUGGUUUGAGUCUCGUUUUUGGGUGUCUUUUCUUGGCUCUUGUUGCGGAGGUUUACUAUUUGUUAUGGUGGAAAAAGAGGAUUACAAACAGAGAUGUUGAAGAUGGUUAUAGCAGCAGCACUAGUACAGGCACAGCAAAGGAGUUUUUCUACAUGUUCUGUUGGAAAAAGCGUCCAACCCAUGAAAUCUUAGUCCAUGAACCACAAGCUCAGAAUCAUCAGGGAAAUUCUAACAAGGAUUCAUCAUCAUCUUGGGCUGCUCAUUUGCCUUUUGGUGAAGAUAGUGUGGAGGCAGAUCUAUUAAGACUGCAACACUUAUCAGGACCUCCCAGAUUCCUCUUCACAAUCAAAGAAGAAACUAAGGAAGAUUUGGAGUCUGAGGAUGGAAAAUCAAGAGGUGAUAGGAGUAGAAAAGGGUCAAGAGGUAGAAGCUUAAGUGAUCUUUUUCAUCUAAUGGAGACUCCUUAUUUAACUCCCAUGGCUUCACCACCUUAUUAUACCCCACCUUUGACUCCGGUCAAGGCUUCCUCCAGAAAUAUGCAACCGGGGUUUAAUGGUUUUUUUGGUUCAGCUAGUGAAGCAGAGUUCAAUUUGUUUCUAUCUUCACCUCCUCCAGUGUUCAAGUUCAUUACGGAUGUUGUUGAUGAUGGUGACAAACAACAGUGCAAAAGGAAAUCCACAGAAGAGAUGAUGAUUGGCAAGAUUGAUGUCCCUUCUAGUUCAACAGUUUUUAAUAAAGAUGAAGAACAGGGAUCAUUCAUUACUCUCAUUGUGAACAAGAAAAAACAGGAAGAUGAACAUCAACUCGGGAAGAACGUGAUUCAUCAUUGUCCCUCGAAUACUUCACAGGUGAUCACUACCCAGAGAUCGGAACCCAAAACGCCAAGAUACGUUGUGAUUUUACAUCGCCAAAAUUAUGCCUACCGGUAUGGGUUCUAUUUAUACAGGGUAUAUGAUUCAGCAGAGGUUUUAAGACAAAUCAGGAUCGCAGGUUAAUAUCGCCGGAGGAAGACGACCCCGGGACAUCCAGAUAAAAAUUUUAUCCAAUGCAGUACACUGUAAAAAUCAUUUGCUUCGAGACUAGGAAGUUUCCUUUUAUUUUACUUCAAGUUUGAUUCUACAGGGUUGCACCUAACUUGGAAGAAAACUUUACCGUUGGAUUAAAAUUACAAACAAUAGGGUAACUGUUUUCACGUUUUUAAUUACCAC